UGCUGUGAAAACACCCAGACUGCCAUUUCGCUGCACUGCUUUUGCCCCUUCUGUCAGGAAGUCAGGCACUUCCUGAAACCAUACGCCUCGCAAGAGCUAUAGCGUUACCGUGACCUUUCUUAAAGCCUCCGGGUGUAGGGGAGAGGCAGGAAAAAGACAUAACGCGAAAUGUCUAGCGUUUCUGCCAUCCCCACGUACCGCCUCACCGGGCGGGGAGAGCCCCGGAGGAGGAGAGUCUAAAGGAGGGCCGUGCGAUGAGGCCGCAUCAGUGACGGGGCCCGAGGAGCCCGCUCUUGGGCCGGCCCCUCCACCGCCACCCGCGCACGGGCACUGCCGGCUCGGGGGAAGGGAGAGGAGGAGGAGGAGUGUGUGAGCGCGGCGAUGAGCUCAGCUCCGUCCCCCGGCGCCGCCUGAGGAGAGCCGGCCCCUCCCGCAGGCCGCCGCCGCCAUGGCUCACUCCCCCGUGCAGCCGGGCCUGCCGGGGAUGCAGACUCUGAAGGCAGAUCCAGAAGAACUGUUUACGAAACUGGAGAAAAUUGGUAAGGGCUCUUUUGGUGAAGUUUUUAAAGGAAUUGACAAUCGGACUCAGAAAGUGGUUGCUAUAAAAAUCAUUGACCUAGAGGAGGCUGAGGAUGAAAUCGAGGACAUUCAGCAGGAGAUUACGGUGCUCAGCCAGUGUGACAGUCCCUAUGUAACUAAAUAUUAUGGAUCCUAUUUAAAGGGACCUUUUGGCCAGCUUGCAUAAGGACUUGUGUUUAGAAGAGAACCUUUGGGCUCAUCUGUAUCUCCCUCCCCUCAAAGGGAUGGCAGCCCGAGGACAGCUAGCAUUCAUCCUGACGCCAAGAGACUUCAAAGGAGGUAAGCGCCUCAGAAAUGCUCCCCAGACAAAAUGCACUCAUCAGUCCUGCACCCCAGUGUGGUAAUAUUCUUCAGUGCAGCAUCACCAUCUCCUAAAAGUUUUUGAUCUUACUCCUUCAUGAAAAUCUUUUGAGAGCUCUUUAAGGCCUUAUCAGCUAGUUGCAGUCCUCAUGGGGAUUUGCAUCUCUGUCAGUAACUCCUCUACUUUUGCUUAAGAAUAUGCCCUUAGUGUGAGGCAAAAGGUGCUAGCUACACUUCCUGGCUUUGUGCUCGGACAUAUGCUCCCCUCCAUCUCUUGGUUUGUCUUUCAUAUUUUGGAUGAGACUUAAAACUUGAACUUGUCUCAAUUCAUAUUUCUUUAAGAUAAAAGGGGAAAAAAAACAUGCUUGCUCUUCACAGUUUUAAAGUUCCCUUUUUUCUUUCUCUUUUUUAAAUUAUUUUUAAAGUGGAUCUCUUAUCAUAUCCAGCAAAUUUCUGCCCAGCUCAUUGUAUGUUUAGGUUUUUAGAGAGUAUUGUCCCAGGAAAUGCAUGUAAUUCACCUGGAGGGCAAUAUGUCUUCAGGAAUCUUUUUGUCCUGUCAGAGAUGUCACCUGGAUGCAGCACAGCUGUUUGUAUCUCCUAAAUGCCUAUAGAAUAAUUACUUAGUAGAAAGAUAAAUUAAGAACAAGCAGGAAUGAAAAAACACUAAUCCCAUAAUAACUUAUUUGUAAAACAAGAGCAGAGCUCUCAGGGCUGAUUUCUGACUCUUCCCAACCUCUUUUUAGGUCAGUCAUAGGAAAGCUGAGCUAGAGAUCUUUUUCUUGUUCUUAUUACAGUGAACAUAUAAAACCCACUAGGAACAUACCUGAAAACACAGGGAAGGUUUUUCUUGCCUU